GCUGUUUCAGAACCAUUCAGAACGUGAAGUUAAUCGUAAGCAUUUUUAUGUGAAUCAUCAGCGCGUGCUUGACGGUUAAAACACAGUGUGAUAUGGAUAAAAUUAGCCCCAAACAGUGAAAUAUCCUAAAUACAAUUACUCCAAUCAUAACAAUUUAUCUAAUAAAACAGCAAAAAUAGUAUUUUUUGGUUAUAUAUAAAUAUACAUAUUAUAUAUUAAAUUUAUUAUACUCAGAAAUAGUUAUAAAUUAUAUAAGUGUAAAAGUGUGAGUGAAGGAAAUUCUAUGCUAUAUCUGAAGAGGAAGCAAUAUGAACGACUUGCUCUGUUGUGAAACAACUGCAAUUGAAAAUAGGGCAUAUAUAGAUCCGAAUUUAUUGAACCAGCGCGUGCUGAACAAUUUGCUGAAAACGGAAGAGAGGUACAUGUCAGCUUCCUUCGUCAAUGUGCAGAAAGAAGUUACACCGCAUAUGCGAAAAAUAGUGGCCGAAUGGAUGAUGGAGGUAUGUGAUGAACAGAACCGGCAAGAUGAAGUAUUUCCGUUGGCAAUGAACUUUUUAGACCGUUUCCUCAUGGUCUGUUGUAUUAGCAAGAGGCAGCUUCAAUUACUUGGUACAGUUUGCAUGUUGUUGGCUUCCAAAUUGCGAGAGCCCAAACCUUUGCUUGCAGAAACGCUGGUAUUUUACACGGACCAUAGUAUUACUAAAAGCGAUCUAUGGAGUUGGGAAGUAUUAGUUUUAAGCAAAUUAAAGUGGGACAUAGCUGCUGUUACACCACAAGAUUUUCUCAGCCAUAUAUUACGUAGAUUACCAAUUUUAUCAAUAGGAAUUCCAUAUGAAUUGGUAAAUAGCCAUUCGAAAACUUUGAUUGCGUUAUGUGCUAGGGAAUAUAAUUUCUCUGGCUACCCUGCUAGUUUAAUUGCAGCCGCUACAGUAAUAUCAGCUCUAUGUGGACUAGGUUGGAUUAAUAAAAGUGGAGAAUCUGUAGAAGACCUAUUAAACAGAUUACAUAAUAUAACCUCUAUUGAGCAGGAUUAUUUAAAAACAUGUACGAAACAAAUAGAAUCGAUGGUAUCUCAGACAACCGAUGAUAACAUCGAUGAAACGCUACCUAGACCUAAUGAAUUCACCCCACCGCCAACGAAUGAAAAAUUUAUAGAUCAUGAAUCGGCAGGUACACCAACCGACGUGAGGGAUGUACACUUUUAAUUAAAUUUUGUGAUAAUAUAAUAUAUAACAUAUAUUUAAAAUAAUGAAUAUAAAUAACACAAGUGGGAAUACUGCGUGGAGAUAUUGAAAAACAAAUGUUUAAAUUAAGAUCAGUGAUCUUGGACUGAAAUAUGUAUCUUAAAACAGAUAAAAAUACCAAUAAUUAAUUUGGGGGAAGGCAAUAAAUAUACGCUUUAAUAAAACAUAAUU